GAAACUUACUGAGUGUUGUAUCGGAGCCUCAGAUGGAAAUUUCCUCCCAUAAUAUUAGAAAUUGUUUGGGACUCUUACAUAUGUGGAUUCAUGGGUGUGGAUGAUGAUUUUGAAAGAAAACUCAUGACAAAAAUGAUAUGAAAUUAACAAAACAAUAGAAAAACUACAAUAAAUAGUUAGAAAAGGGGUUUUUAUAAGCAAACAAUAAGCAACGGCUAAUUUUCAAACAUAAAAACUAGCCGCUGAGCAUCAAAAUGGGUAAUUUUAAGUUAUGUGUAUUUGGUGAAUUAAGUUUCAGAAUAGGGGUAUUAUAUGAAAUAAGUUAUAAAAUAGGGGUAUUUGGUGAAUUUAAAAAUUAGGCUAACGGAGGACUAACGGCGCGUCAUUAGUAAGGGUAUUUUGGGUAUUAAGUCAUUUGUGAGGGGCAUUUGGUGAAUUUCUGAAAGUCGAGGGGCAUUUGGUGAAUUACGCCAUAAUUCGGGGGUAUUUCAUGAAAAAUCCGUUAGUUUAAUUAUACUCUCACACCCCCUCAAAAAAAAAAAAAAAACAAAAAAAAAAUUAUACUCUCACAAAGUCACAUUCUAGUUUUCCCGGGAAAUUUUUCAAAAGUUAUAGAUGGGUGUGAAUUCUGGUGCCUCAGCUAUCAACCGUUUGCUUCAAACCAACAACUCCAUCGCCGAGAAAUUCAUACCUACUCCGGCGAAAACCACCGUCGACACCAUUCUCUCUCAUCUCGAAGCCGGUCGCCUCAAAAAAGCCGUAUCUCUCCUCUUCGCCGCCCCAUACCCCUUCGAUCUCUCCCUCUACGGUCGCCUCUUCCAGCUCUGCACCGCCAGCCGAGCCAUUGUUGAAGCUCGGAAGGUCGAAUCUCAUCUCAUUACCAACUAUGAUCCACCACCCACGUUUUUUCUUAACAGGGCAAUCGAGGCUUAUGGGAAAUGCCGGUGUUUGAGGGAUGCACGGGAACUGUUCGACGAAAUGCCUCACAGAGAUGGAGGCAGUUGGAAUGCCCUGAUCACUGCUUAUGCGAAAGGAGGGUCUCCGAGAAAGACGUUAUCCGUCUUUUUGGAGAUGAAUCGGUCUGAGUUUUCGCCGAGUGAGGUUACCUUUGCUAGUGUUCUUGGUUCUUGUGGGAUUUUAUUGGAAUUAGGUUUUGCAAGGGUAGUUCAUGGGGUUAUUGUGAAACUAGGGUAUAGUGAUAAUGUGAUAUUAGCGAGUGCUUUAGUUGAUGUUUAUGGGAAAUGUGAUAAAAUGGUUGAUGCACGCAGGAUGUUUGAUGAAAUUCAUAGACCAAAUGCUGUUUCGUGGAAUGUGAUUGUAAGGCGAUAUCUGGAGGUGGGCGAUGAAAGAGAAUCAAUUUCCAUGUUUUUUCAGACAAUUAUAGAAGGUGUUAGGCCAUUGACAUUUACCUUUUCAAGUGCUCUUGUUGCGUGUUCUAAGAGGCAGGCGUUUUUGGAGGGGAUUCAGAUACAUGGUGUUGUAGUUAAGUUUAGAUAUGAAGAUGAUGGGAAAGUUGCUAAUUCUCUCAUUGGUAUGUAUGUGAAAUGCAAUGAUGUUGUGAGUGCUAGAAAGAUAUUUGAUCAGUCUAAUGAAAAGGAUUUAUUUUCUUGGACUUCUAUGGUAUCGGGAUAUGCCAUGGCAGGAAGACUCAAAGAAGCUCAAGAGCUUUUUGAUAAGAUGCCUGAGCGUAGCAUCAUCUCUUGGAAUGCAAUGUUGGCCGGUUAUGUACGCUCUGGUCAAUGGGAGGAGGCUCUGAGUUUUAUUUUCAAGAUGCGCCAGAAAAUUAAAGAUGCUGAUAGUGUAACUCUUAAUCUAGUGUUGAAUGUGUCUGCUUCACUGUCAAAACUCGAGUUUGGUAAACAAGCUCAUGCUUACAUAUACCGACAUGGAUUUGAGUCUGUUAUAUCUGUCAACAAUGCAGUCAUUUACAUGUAUGGAAAAUGCAGGGACAUAAAAGGAGCUAAAUAUUGCUUUUAUAACAUGAGUUGUCGAAGGGACACAAUAUCGUGGAACUCCUUGAUGAAUUCCUUGGCACAACAUCAAAUGAGUGAAGAUGUUAUGGCUAUGUUUUUCGAGAUGCAGAAGGAAACAACUCCAAAUGAGUAUACAUUUUCAAUCCUUCUUGCAGCUUGUGCUAACGUAUUUGCAUAUAACCAAGGAAAAGAAAUACAUGGUUUUAUGAUCAGGAAUGGCUAUGCAAUAGAUGUUGUUGUCUUAGGUGCUUUAUUUGAGAUGUACUCAAAAUGUGGACACCUUGAGUAUGCAAUUAAGAUCUUCAAAAAUGCGAAGCCGGGGGAUGUGAUUCUUUGGAAUUCUAUGAUUAUUGGGUGUUGUCGUGUUGGUAAAGCAACAGAGGCUCUUGACUUGUUUGCUUUGAUGAAAGAGACCGGGGUUCAACCUGAUAAUGUUACCUUCCAGGCAGUUUUCAAUGCUUGUAUUUCUAAGGGCUAUGUUGAUGAGGGCAAGAGAUAUUUUGAUGCAAUGAUCAGUGAGUAUGGCAUCAUGGCCAGAUUAGAGCAUUAUGAGUGUAUGAUUAAACUUUACACUAGAUAUGGAUCGAUGAAUGAGCUCGACAAUCUAUUCAAGAUAAUGCCAUUUGAGCCAACCAACUCUAUUUUGAUAAGGGUAUUUGAUGCUUGUAAAAAGUAUCGGAAUCCAAGAUUAGGAGAGUGGGCAGCAGGAAAGUUGAAUAAGCUAAAUCCUCCAGUUCGGUACCAUUUUAAGAUAACUGACAAAUCCAGUAUAACCACUUUAAAACUAUUGUUUUCUCAAAGUGACAAAGGAAGCAGGUCAUUGUAGCAGGAGUGAGUUACCUUUCUUAGCUCUUCUCUUUACAUGCCCCCUGCUUGAAGGGCAUGGGAAAUAUCUCUGCCAGUCUUUAGCCGCAUGUUUGAAUAAAGCACAAUAGGCAAUUAUGUCAAGAAGGGAAGCUCUUGCAGAAUCUGUUAACUGAAGAACUGGCAGGAGUGGCUACUUUUUGCAGAGUUGAAGGUUUCUGAUCAGCUUCCUCAUUUUAACUUUUGGGAUCAUGCUGAAGGUUAGGUGGUAAUAUGGAAAGAUGGAGAUGCAAAAUUCUUUCUUAAAAUACUAAGGCAAAUCAUCAUUGGAAAUCGGCUAGCAUCAAGGCUCCUUUUCUGUAAGAAAUUGAACUUCUGUUCAAGUUUGAAGUGCCAAUCUCAGGAGCCAGGACAGACAUAUUUCCAUAAUCUGCAGUUCUAGCAGUGUACAAUAUCUGUCGUUGAUGUGCUGACAUUAUGCAGACUUUGACAUAUCCUGAAGCCAUUGGAUUGUUACCCGUUCAGGAAAGCUACCUAUAGCCGACUCAUCGGAUUAAUACUUUCAUCUUGAGACCAUGAUGAUUAGUGUGAUACUUCAUUGCUCAGGCGGUACAUUGUUGCUUAAACCAAAUACUAUCAGGUACAUUUGCUUACUGUUUAAAUAUCUGAUACCAUAACUAAGUUGGUGGGCUGUUAUGGUAGACUUAACUACCAUAUCUUUUAAAUAGAUCAGAAUCCUGAAUGCCUGACCAGCGACCACCAUAGAGGCAUCAAUUUUGCCUGUGAGCAUUCACAUACCUCUCACUCAAUCUCUCAGUGUGAUUAACCGCAGUUGAAUUUGAACGUGAUCAGAACAAAACAGAACAAAGGCCCAUAACUUAUGAAAAUCACAAAGUAUUCUACUUUUAACAUCAUACCACGUAUAUAAUUGCAAAUAUACUAUACCUUUGUUCAUGAACCAAGUUGAAAAGCAUUUGUUGAAAGUCCUCAGGUGUUGGUUGUUAAUGGUUAAAAAUAUUAUCAUGUUUUGUUGUGUCAUGUUCAGUAGGUGUAUAGAUCAUUACAAUACAAAACAUUAGAUCUAUAAGCUGAUAGCCAAGAACCAAGCAACAUCUGACUCACUUGGUAAGACUUUUACCUUAGAUCCUAAAAGUCUGGCGUUCUAAUAUUACCAAUGAGGGUGCUCGGGCCUUAACUGUUUACCUU